AUAAUUUGUACUACCGUGCCAAGUUGAAUUAUUUUUUAACCGAAAUUGAAUUUUUCCAUGAGAGUCUUAUUAGAAUAAUAACGUAAUUUAUAGAAAUACAAUAAAAUGUUCGCUAAACCAUAUAAAUUAAAGUCUAACAAUACUUUAAAGAAUUCUGAAAAGAAACACCUCGCACAACGCAUACAGGAUGAGUUCCCGUCGACAACAGAUGAGAAAGUAAAGGAAAUAGUUUCCGUGAAAUCGACCUGUAUUUGCAUGAGAUUAGUGCUGCAUUCGGGUGACUUAGUAAAUGUUUACUCAGUAGACGGCAUCCCAAUGGUCAUAGAAACUAGUGAAGCACUCAUCCCUACAGUGUGUGCCCUGUGGAAGGUGCCUAACUUAGUCCCUGUACUGGCAAUUCAUACUCCAGUACUUGCCAAGGUUCAAGGUGGUGCACCUGUUUACUUGCCAGGCGUGGCUAUACCCAGUGGGGGCAUUGGCUUCCCAAUGUUUCAGCGAGGCAGUCUCAUUGCUAUGUGCACUCAAGAAAACGCCGCCGCCUGUAUUGUGGGACGAGCUGCAAUGUCCAGUGCAGACAUGUUACUCAGACCUGCCGGUGUUUGUUUGGAAACUCUACACGUUUUUGGUGACUUACUGUGUAAGGACAGCAAGUUCAGCAAAGUAGAGAGGCCAAGACUGGGCCCUGCAGGGUACAGUCCCACAGACAUCACUAUAGACUUGACUGCACAUGUUACUCAGCUAACUAUUCAGCCACCACUGAGAGAAGAGUGGCCCAGCUUAGGCAGGCAAGAGGCGCCUGCGCCGCUACCUGUACAGAACGAACCUUCAGUGAUACCCGACAAUCUCAAGGAUGAGGUCCCAUCCACAAAAGAAGAAAAUGCAGAUGACACACUUAUAACUGACGACUCGCAGAUGGAAGAGGAUGAUAUCCCGACAGAUAUGGAUGGCCUACUGCAAUGGUGCCUUCUGUCAUUCUUAAAGUUAGAAGCAAAGAACAUUGAACUGCCACUCAAAACUAAUCUUCUUUAUAGGAACUAUUUAGUAGCGCUGUGCCCACCUGAUCGAUCGUUAGAAGUAAAAAAAUCGUCAUAUAAAAAAUUAGGAAAAUUCCUUGAAGUAAUGCAACAGGAAGGUUUGCUCGAGGUGCGGGAAAUAGAAAAGGGCGUGGAUGCCGUGGUCGCGGUGAACGUGUCACACCCUAAGGUGCGCGCGCACGCCCCCGGCGCGCGAAUUGCGCCCGCGCCCGUCGAGCCCGCGACUGACUACGUGGCGCCGCAAGUGCGCGAAAUGUUCUGCGUUACCGCUAAUGUCGCAGACAUCUUCGCUCCGCUCAAGAAGGGCACAGCGCUGACGGCGGCCGAGGUCCGCACGACGCUCACGGAGUACGUCAAGACGCGCCAGCUGAACUCGUCGCAGCUGAAGGGAGCAGUUGUCUUAGAUGCAGUACUUGCUAAAAUUACGGGGAAAUCUGAACAGGAGGCAGUUAAAUGGGACGUGUUGAUGUCGAGCGUGCAGGGCAAGAUGACUCCCAGUACAGAGAUGAGGUUUUCUGACGGCACGGUCAAGCUCACCAAGACCAAGCUCGAGCCAGUCAAGAUGCAGGUCGCGUCUCGGAGCGGGAACAAGAAGGUGACAUUAGUAUCAAACUUAGAACAGUUCGGGUUCAACCUGGCAGCAUUGAGCCACGUGUGCCAGACGGGCGUGGCGGCCUCAUGCGGUGUCACGCGCUCGCCCGGCGCGCGCGCCGAUCAGCUCAUGCUACAGGGAGACCAGACAUACUUCGUAGCCAAAUUGCUCAUAGAGAAGUAUGGUCUACCAAAGAAAUUUGUGGAAGGAGCAGACAAGGCACUCAAGAAGAAGAAAUGAUUUAGGCAUAGUACAGAAGAUAACAUGGACGCAAGUGUUAGUAAACAGUGCAGUGAUAAUCUGUGUGAUAAUGAAAUAAAACAAUACAAGAGCUUUUUAGUUUAUACUUAUAUUUACCCUUAUUAUCUAGUGCACCAGCAACCAGUGAGUUGCAGUGGUUUAUACAAAACUACAUCUACAAUGGCAUACCAGUUACAUACUGAAAUAGUUUCAUAUCUAUAUAUUUUCUUAACAACUAGAACUUCACAAGUAAUUUUAUUUAAAAUAAUACUUAUUUCAAUAUAAGGAAGACAAAAGACUAAAAUUCGUAUUGCCUUAACCAUGAUUGUAUAGUGAUUUAAAAAAUGACAAUUCAUACAUCGCAUUUGCAUAGAGAUAAAUCUAAUAAACUGUACAUACAUAGUUGUUAAAUCACAAUUAUUUACAAUGACAAGGUACUAUAACACAAUUAUCAUUAGAAAUAUAAAAUGUUUAUAUAAAAAUAUUCUUUUAUAUAAUUUUACUAUUCUAGGGUUAGGGUGGGUUGAUGUCCGUAUUUCAUUUUGUUAUUUACUAAUAAAAUGUCAAAUCAUAGAAAAAAUUAAUUCUAAAAUAAUGUUAAGUAAUUCAUGUUGCUUACUCUAAUAUUAUACUAUAUGGAGAACCACAACCAAAUACUACUCAAUGCCUUGUAAACUAAUUAAUAUUCAUAUAAUUUCCUUACUACUAUACUACAAGUAACAAAAAUAAAUUUCAUCAGAGAUCAAAUUUACAAUCACAAAUUGAUAUAUUGUUCUGAACUUUUUCAUUAAAUUUUACUGGAAGACAUGAAUUUGAAAGGUGUUUUAAAGUUAAGCAGUGACUUGCGACUUUUAGAUUUCUUGACAUCAGGUGGUGCUACAGGUGUCUGUGGAGCACACUGGCGCAUGGCAGAGCGAGUCCUCUCAGAGAUACUGCCAUCACUCACCUUGGUACUGGUGGACUCCAUGCUCCAGUGGCUCUUGCAGGAGAACAUGGACUGCCUAGAAGUGUUUGAGCUCCUUGAAGUGAGGCUUGUUUUAGAGGGAGUCUUCCUCAUACUGCCAUGGUUUAUGUUUGUGAUGUCACCAAACACAUUCUUGCUUGUUUUAGCUAGCUUAGAGGGAGAUGAAUGAACCCACUGCAUUGAAGCUCUUUUUUCAGAAGGAGACUUUUUUAAGUCUAAGUAUUUGAAUCUGCCAAUGUCUUUAGCCAGAGCCUCCUGCCUCGGAACUUGAUAGCCUUCUGCAUCCACAUUAUCCAACUCAUAAAAAGUUAAUGUCACACUGUCAUCACUCUCUGUGAAUGGAUUGUUGGAUGUGAAGUGAACUUUCUUAGUGGACACCUCAGGGAAGAUUUUGCGGCGCGGCAUGUUGUCUGCUGUGAACUUGGCGCCAGUCACGAUGAUGCUGCCAUCUCCGGCAUCGGCUGACAGUGAGCUAUCCAGGUCCUCAUAGCCACAGCUCUUCCUGCGGCCCUUGGAGCGCGCUGAGGUGCUUCGUGGGCGUCGUCGCCGCGACACCCAAUCCCUUCUAUCAUCUUUAGCCUGUGUUAGCAUCAGAGGCAAAGUUAUACCGUUACUUUCACUCUCACCUGCCAAGUCUAAGGCGGCCCUGCUUGGCACAAUUUUGGUAGAUGGACUGUUCACUAUUUCCUUGGCUACAAGAUCCCUCUCUCUCUUGUUGAGCGACUCCUCGCGGUGGCGAAGCGCUAUCAGACGUGACAUCCAUUGCUGGCUGAGAGUUUCUUCAGACACUUGCUGGGGACAGUUGAAUGUAUCCAAUGUGUCUGUGAAGGGUCUCCUGCUGCGAGGGACAAAGCCAGGUAACUCCAGAGCGAGUGCAGCCAGUGUAGGAGACAAGGGACCGGUUGGCGAGCUUGCCUCAGCUGUUUGUAUCUCAGCUUUUCUCUUUGGACUGAUGUUACAGUAAAUAGGACUGUCCAUAACAUUGAAUAGUGUCCUGGGCAGAGGCUCUACAGCUCUGCAUAACUCUCCAGCCUUCUCUGAGUCACAUUUAUUCACUUCAGAUGUAUUGUAAGAGUGAUCACCCGAGAUGAUUAUUUCGUUCAAACAUUUAGGCUUCACUUUGGAUUCCAGAUUCAUAAGAACAGUAGGAUGGUAUAGGACGACAUCAGGGCGCAUAUUGGUACUCUUCUCAUCCACAAGAAAGCCCACAAUGUCCCUGAGAUCAUCACUGUAGGGAAACUCCUUAAUCUUGUUAGUGCCGGGCCGGUAGCACAACGUGUGAAUUACUUCAGCGACCUGACGCAUUACGUCUGAGGGCUCCGUAGACCGAGACAGCUCGAAGCAAUUGAUGCGCAACUCGCCGCUUUCGUUCACAAAGAUGGAUCCGGGCGUAAUGCAUUUCUGUACAAUAAGGACGUGUAUGUCUUCGAUUGCCUUACAAACUCGAGCCAAUUCGUGAAGCAGGUACCAGAUAAACCCCUCUGCUAUGAACUUGUCAGUGGCCUUGCAAACUUCUAUCAAUUCCUGCACACUUCGCCAUGAAUUAUAUUCAAGGACAAAGUACAAUGUUUUCGAAGGAGUGUGGAAAAUAGUAUCGUAGUAUCGCAAUAAGUUCUUCGAUGUCACUUUACUAAUUGUUUUCACUUCAUUUGCAACAUUUUGUAUUUGUUCGCUACUGAACGCGGAGCAAUCGUACGCCUUCCACGCAAAUAUGUUGUUUGUGACCUUGUGUUUCACUUUGUAGAACGUACCACCGCAGAAAACGUCUAUAACUUGAUAAUCCUUUAAUUUUUCCGCCAUUAUACUAGUUAUAUUGAAUUAAAAUAAAAUAUUUCACAUUUUGCGAGUGAAACAAAGCCACUGUACUUUUGAAUACCGGUGACGGUUACAGAACUAGUGGUGCCCUGACACGAUAUUUAAAAG